GUUGUAAGGGUCCAGGUCCUGUUGUUUUUUUGGCCGGGUUACGGUUUAACACGAAAGCAACUCAGCUUAUUGAUGCAACUCGCAGUCGGUCGCACUUCCUAAUUUCUCGGUUCUUACCUGUCUCAAAAUGUUCCUUUACUACGCUAUUCAAUUUCCACUCUGCUUCAUUUGAUCACUACUGGAACUGGGGCAUCUUACAUCAUAUCAAAGUUGGCCAGAACUGAAUCUGCUGAUACAACACUGGAGCAUGUCUCAACAGCAACCCGGAGACUCCGGCGACGAGGUCCAGCCUUAUCGUAUCCGUGUAUCAAGCAAGUAUCUUGAUAUCACGCGACAGAAACUAGAGCUUACCCGGCUGCCUCAUGAGCCUCAUUCAAAAGAUUGGUGGGAGCCAAAGCCUCAAGUUGAGUCUCUUGUUGACUUUUGGCAAGAAUCAUUCUCAUGGCAGAAUCACGAAGAAGAGCUGAACCAAACUCUUCCCCAGUUCAGAACAAGUUUUCAAACUUCCACUUCAUCAACGCCAGUCCGGCUUCAUUUCAUUCAUGCCCGCUCUCCUCACGCUAACGCUGUUCCUUUGCUCUUAAUACCCCCUUUCCCUUUGACCAACCUGUCGCUGGGUCACCUGGUUCAGCCCUUAAGUGAUCCUGAAGAUGCUGGUACAAACCAGCCGUUUCAUGUUGUGAUUCCGGCCUUGCCUGGCCUGGGUUUCAGCGAUGCUGUUCCUUCUGAUGUACCUCCUAUUUCUACCACAGCUCAGCUACUGGACAGCUUGAUGAAGAGAUUAGCCUACGAGCAUUACGUUGGAAGUAACGCCGGCUCUGCUUCAAUUUCGCCUGCUGCUAUUGAUUGGAGACUGGCCAGGCACCUCUCAAUUCACUAUUCAGAAUCAUGCCUAGGGUUUCAUUUUAUUGCACCUCCUCUGACAUGCCCUGCACUCUCGGACUCGGCCAGUCAGUGGUUAAAAUGGAAACUUGCUCGACUCUUAGGUUCUUCGAUUCUGGGUUACUCCAAGGACGACCUCUCCGCUAUACAGAAGCAGAAGACGCCGCAGUUAAGCAAGAAGAAGUCGGCUGUUAACCUGGGACAGCAUAGUCGCAGCGACUUUGAACCGAACACGCCGUCAUAUGCGCUGUGUGACUCUCCGACUGGCCUCCUCCUCUAUGUGCUGAAACUACUCCGGACUCUUGGUCCCAAGAAGGAACUUACACCUAAAGACAUCAUCACUCUCACUUCUCUCAUAUGGCUACCUGGCCCUGAGGCUGCUCUGCGAUUCUGGGCUCAAUGCGCGUCAAAGAUCGAGCCUGUGGAGGAAAAGAAGACGAAUAAGAAACCCAAGGUUGCCAUUACCGUUUUCACUGGCGACGAGGAUCAGGUCGAGCAGCAAAGAACACUCCCACGACCUGCAAAGACCAUGUACUCUUGCCCUGGCUGGGCUAACAGGGAGUACCAAAUCGUGCACCUGAACCGAGCCCCUGGAACUCCAGGUUUCUUGGCUUGGGAUCGACAAGAUGUGAUAGUUGAAGGAGUGCGCGGUCUAGUGAAAGCAAUAUUGGCAAAGGAUAAAAGGAUGCAAGUUGCUGGACAGCCUGGGGCCAUUCUUCAGGAUCAACUCGAAGUGCAGGAUGGCCGAAUAGCUCAAGCAGAUCUGUCUGGAACAACAGUCCAGGAUCCGAACGCUAGUCCGGGUGGUGAGGGACCUCCUAAAACUGGUGUACAGAAACCAGCAGGGGGUGAUCAUCAACACCUUGUCCCUCCACAAGCAGCUAUACACGGAGGGGCUCAUUGAUGAAUAUGGACAGGAUGAUGCGUAUGAGGGCAGGUGGGUGGUGGAACUUAAUUCGAUACCGUCAUUUGGGUUCUUUUUCUCUGAGCCUCGUCACUUGCUAUGAAAAUCAUAAGCUUAUGAGCAAAAUUAUAUACCAAAAGUCUGACAGCAGAGUAAAGUGUACUGCGUUUUUUCUUAUCUGGCCAGAG